GGAGCCAAGAAAAAUAGUAAAGUCAACGUUGACUACUCGACAGUCGACAUGCUCAUGAGUUCUGUUGCAAGUAUUAUUUUAUUACGAGUGUUGUGAUUGUGAGUAGAGCUUCAGAUAAAAACAUUUAUCGCCGCUUGCUCACAAUGUAUUAGUCUUUUAAAUUCAUAGACAUUUAAAUAUUUUGUUUUUUUGUUUAUUUAUUUUUUUUUUUCAUGCAGUGAACUCGCAAUUAAAUUACCGAUUAACUGAUAGUAAAAAUAAAAUAAAAUGAUUGAUGUUGAUGUCAGCUGUCAAUAAUUCGUGUGCGUUGUCGCAGUGCAGAAAAUAGUUGUUCUAAUAAUAUUCAACGGUAAUUUAUAUAUUUAUAUAUAUAUAAAAAAACAUUGGAAGAUUAUUUGAGUACAAGUACAAGUAAUAAGUAAUGCAGAGAGAAAGUGUAUCGUUAUCGUUCUAAAUGAUUCAUCGUGUUAUUACUUAUGAAGUAGUUCUGUGUUUAUUGUAGAUUACGGAGUAUUUUUUAUCAUUGUUUAGAAAAAUUUUUUUUUUAUCAACGAUAAAGGAAAUUUUUCUGGUGGCCAGGAUGUCUCAUAAUUUUGUCGUGGAUCCUUUCAGUGAGACAUCGCUGGAUCUUGAUGACAUUCAAGAUGAACACAAAGAAAAUGGAAUGGAUAUUGCGGAAGAAUUAAUAACAGAAUUACCAUACGCUGUCGCAUUGACGCCUGAAGAAGUCAGAUGGUUUUACAAGGAUGGUGUUGAUAAAAGAUGGAUUGAAUUUUGCGGGUACGACAGCUUGAGAAUCGAAAAUGCCUGGCAGCUAAGACUGGGACAGGAUGAUAACCAGACCAAUGAAAAUUCAAAUACUUAUGAGAGAGUUGUCGUAAAAGGCGGAAUGUAUGACGUAGAAUUUGAUAAUAUGAGAUGUGUAUCUAUUUAUUGGCCAGGUGAAGAAUGGGAAAUCAUGCGGGGCACGUGGUAUUACGACGCCAGCUGGAUUCCACUGGAGAUAGAACACUCAAAAGUUAUAGAGGAGAAUCAUUUAAGACUUUUUGAAAAAAAACAAUCGUCAGGGUCAACACCUGAGGAAAUAGCUCCCUCGCAUUCCUAUAAAGUUCUACACACGGUACAUUUCCCGGAAUUUCAUGUUGAUUGGCAUGCGAUUAACGAUGUCGCGCUUUACAGUGAAUACACUCCGAGUAAAUUAAUGCGCAGUGUUACCUCCAAAUUAGGAUUUACUAAAACAAGCGGAUAUCGCCUCAAGCGCGGUUACAAGGCUCCCGCGACAAUGGAUGAUAAGCCAAAUGAUAUUGAUCAUUUGGUUUUUGUUGUCCAUGGGAUUGGUCAGAAACGUGAUACCGGUAAAAUCAUACGAAAUACAGCAUCAUUUCGUGAUUGCGUUGACUGGUGUAAGCAAAAAUACUUUCCCUAUUCAUCGCACCGUGUUGAAUUUUUCCCGGUGGAAUGGCGGUCGUCUUUAAAACUCGACGGAGAUAUUGUAGACGCAAUAACGCCGUACAGCGUAAUGAGUAUCAGACAUCUAUUGAACACAUCUGCUAUGGAUAUUCUUUAUUACACGAGUCCGCUGUAUGGCGGAGAAGUCCGUGCUGGGUUGCAACGUGAGCUGAAUCGUCUGUAUUUCAUGUUUACAAGCCGUCAUCCUGGAUGGAGUGGAAAGGUAUCAGUGCUGGCGCACUCACUCGGCUGUGUUAUUGUUUACGACAUCGUGACUGGCUGGAUGGGACCAGACACGAGACCACCAUCACCAGCGGCGCCGGAUGUUUUGCUUGUAACAGAUGGUCUGAAGUUUACAAUUGAAAAUUUAUUUUGUCUCGGCUCACCUUUAUCAGUAUUUUUGGCGUUACGUACACGCACACCAGCUAAUCCUGGGGAUAUCAUGCCACCGGGACUGUGCAAAAAUUUUUUUAAUAUUUUUCAUUGGUCUGACCCGGUCGCUUAUCGAAUGGAACCGCUGCUUGUUAGAAAUUACAGCAAAGUUGAGCCGGUGCUUAUCUUGCCAUACGGUGGCGUUGAUAAUCCUGACCAGCCACCCUCACUAGGAACCGUCGAGUCAAUGCCUACGUCAGAUAAUGAAGACAAAGAGGCCGAAAGUCCUACCGAUACGCCAAUCAGAACUGUCGAAAAAGGCUCAUGGAGCUUAUGGGGUCUUGUCAGAGCCGGAUGGAAUGGCAAAGAAGGCGCGUCCCCUACACCCGAUGCCAUUAUCAGACCUGACGAAGAACUGGAACAACGACUUGAUUACGUGUUGCGAGCGGGUGGACUAGGACGUAAUUAUUUAUACACCGUGACAGCUCAUACUGCGUACUGGAGUAAUUAUGACGUCGCCUAUUUUGUAUUAACUAGAUUAUUUCCAAAUUUAGAAACUUGAUGUUUGCUCGGGAUCAGCAGCAUCACGGCUCCUAAUUUUGAAAUGCCAUACAUGCGUUUACUAGUCCUUUAUAUUAUUAUUUUAAAACCAAUCAGGUCUAUUUGACAUCUGACGCAUAAAAGACCUCCUACCAAAAAUAAUUAAUAAUAAAAAAAAUAAUUAUUAUUAAAAAAAAUGAAAAAUAAACAUAUAUAUAUGAAUAUAUACAUAUACAUGUAUAUUAAAAAUUAUAUAGAAUAAUUACUGAAAACCAUAUCUGUGAUAACAGAAAAACGAUACAAUAACAAUUUUACAGUGUAAGACUAAUAAGUUUUUUUCAUAAUUUUUCAUAUUUAAAAUUAAUAAUAAUUGUUAAUUGUAAUUAUCAUUAUUAAUAUAUAUAGAUCACAAAUAUAGUGUCCAAUUUACACAUGUGUGGAACGCAUUUUUUAUAUUUAAUCGUUAAUGUGAUCGAUAUUAAUCACGAUAAUUUAUUUAAUUAAAAAUAAAUGAAUUUAUUUGUUUUAUUAAUUAUCGUUAAUUGAUAUUCUAAGUAUAAAAUUUAAAUAACGAAUUUGUGACAAACGCAGCAAUAUUAAUUAAUUAAUAAUUAUAAUUAUAAUAAAUGUUUUAUAAGAUAGAAAAAAAUAAAUUUUUUUUACGUAAUGAUAAUUAGAAAAAAAUUAUAAUUAAAUGAUUAAUUAUUGUAACUAGUUAAUUAAAAUAAGUUGUACCUUUUAAUUGUUAAAAGAAAAUGAAUUAAUGAAGAUUAAGAAAUGUAAAAUUAUAACAUUCGUCCACAUCAUCAAAUAUAUAUUUAAUAUUUUUAAAAUAUCAAUUAAUUACAUAUUCAUUGUUCUAUUAAAUAAUUAUAUCCUUUAGUGUUUGUUGAUUUUGAAUUUUUUUAAAUUAACUCGCAGUAAACUAGAGAGAGAGAGAAAGAAAUGAUUCGACCAUUUUUUAUACUAAAUAAAUUUCGCACGUAGAUUAAUAAUGAUAACAAAUCAUUAGUGGAUAAGAAUUUAUAGAGCCUAAAAUUAUUAUAUUAAUAAAUAAAUUAUUAAAUUAAA